AUGAAGGCGAUGUUUCCCAAACUUGAGCCCGGACGAUGGGACGUAGCAAGUAGAAGAAGCGAUCGAUAUAUCUCGCGAUCGUUUGAAAGUUUUUGUCGCGAAGUUGUACGAUACAUAGGCGAUUUAACGGGUGUCUCAUCUGGAGCCGGUGCACAAUCAGAUUCAUUUCCCGAUAUGCUGCCCGGUGAUUAUACUGGACACGAAGAUGCUGUUGUGACAAUGAUAAAUGAUGAUGGUGAUGAUAAUAUUAAUGGUAUACUUUCAAAGUCGUGUAGAUUAGAUAAAGCAAAGUCUUUUCAAUUUGAACUGAUUGAGAAUGUGGAUAUUAAGAAUCUAGUUAAAGAAAAACUAUCAUUGGACUUAAAGGAAAUACUAAAUUCGUUUCAUGAAUUUUUAUUUACAAUAAAUUCUGAACUAAAGCAACCAUUUUCAAAUUUACAAGUCCAAAAUAUAUUUCAUAAUGUACUUUAUGGAGCAUUAUUUAAUUAUCUUCUGAUAAAUAAAGAUGAUAGAAUAACGUUACUACACGGUGUAAAAUCAAUAAUAUCAUUAAUAUGGUUUUAUUAUGCAAUAGCCGUUAACCGCGAUCAGACAUUUGUUGAAGGCACAUUUACAGUGGUUAGCAAGGAAGAAAAAGACUCUGAUAUUGACUCUUUAUUAGCUUAUUUAAUUCGAUUUGGUACUGCACGUAUAUCAUCACACUUCACAGCAUUAGCUAAGCUAUUACAUCAACAACGUGCUCACUACGGUCUAGAUAUGCCAGAGCUACCAGCCGAUAAGAAGACAAUAUUAUUUGGUAAAAUUAAUCAGAUGAAAUCGAACAUAUUCAUUAAGCCGGAAAAUGCAGGAUUUGAUAUCAGCAAAAGUCUCAAAAGUUGGACAAAAUUGAAAGAAUUAAUGAAACAUUCACAUGAAUAUAUUUUAUGUCGAUUAAGAAAACGUGCGGCAAAAAUGAAAGAUGGAAGAGUUAAAACCUAUCUUGUUAGAAAUUACGGUACAGAUGACGAAGAAAAUUAUCGAAAAGAACGCGUACCAAAUGCAGUAUUGAAACAGUAUGAAAAAAUCAUAAAAAAAACAGCUAGCUCAAAAGCGGUCUAUAAUAGGCAGAUGAAAGAAGCUGAAGCGUACGGUAUACAAAAAAUGUACGAAGAUGUAGAACAGUUGGAGUCAUCAAAAUUUGUUUCCCAGAGCGAAGUUAUACAAUUUUUAAAAACUAUCAAUGAUACGUAUGAUUAUAUCAACUAUCGAUUUGGACGAGAAGUUAUUUUAACGAAAGACUAUUUAAAAACAGUUGUAUCAGGCAACGAUGCACAGUUAAUCAUGAACAUUAAAUUAAAUAUUGAAUGA